GGUUACCAACGUGCGUGCACCAAGCUCCAAGCAGCAGCAUCGAACAGAGCCAUGGAGAGUCUCCGCCCCGCCAGCAACAGCAACAGCAACAGCGCCCAGCUGCAGAUCAGCUCCUUCGUGUCGCUCGACGCCGACGACGAGAUGGCGCAGCUCAUCCUCGAGGAGCUCUCGUACAUGCGCCGCUCGUUCACGGGCGUGGCGGCCGAGAUCGCCAGCUCGCCGUCCAGCGCGUCCACGGGCCUCAACGCCAUCUCGGAGGACGAGGAGGAGGAGGAGGACUAGACUUCUGUCGGCCAGUCAGAUCUCAAUGCAAUCAAUAGAGAACCAACCACACGCGGAGAGGGACGGACGGGUGCAUCACGCGGCCGGAACUCGCGCAGACCCCACUGCGGGCGCCGAGACCCGCGCGGCAGUGCGGUAUUCGAGUAGAAAGAAGAGAGGAGAGGGGGAUAGCAAAUUGCAACGCGUUAUUUAUUGGAUCAAUGCAAUGUCUUGCUCUAUU